AUGACCCUCACCACCUACCCAGCUACCACCGACCCCUCCGAUCUCGCUGCCCUCAGCCUAUCUCGCCUCGUCACUCGCCUCGAACACAACCUCCUCUCUCCAAAUGCCGAUCUGAAAUCCCUACGCCGAUCGGAGUACCAGCGGAUGCGAGUGAGCGCGAACAUAGAAUACGCCCGCGCAAACCUGCAAGCCCUAGAACGCAGCCUCCCACAAAUCAAACCUGUUGACCGCCGCCAUGAGCUCCAAUCCUCUCUUUCCCGCAAUCGCCAGACACUGAAGCAAGUGCAGAAUGCGCUCGAUGAAAUUCAAUCCGAGGAAGAGGUUCGCUCUUCAUCUCGGGUCAAUGGAUUGGACAACGAGGACGACUUCGAAGAGGACGAAGACGAUGCGGACUCCGAGGAUCUCUUAGGGACACCUGAGGAGGGGGCCAGUACAGCUGAUGAAGCUACACCGGAGGAUGACGUCUCAAGACAGGCGCAUGCUAGGGGUACGCCUACUGCGAAAACAACAACCACGACGGCAUCGUCAGCCAUCCCGCCACCCACCAGCACAAUAGAAGCAAGUUCCGCGCCAACAACAACCUCGCCCGAACCGGCGCUCCGAAACAGACACCGCAACGAUACCGCAACCCCGUCAAUAACAGCAACAGCAACAGGAUCAUCUCUCCACAAACCCACACCCACUUCACCACCCCCAGAAGCAGAAACAGAAGAAGCCCUAUCGACCGACCGCCUGGAACAAGAAAACCUCACCUCCUCCCUCCUCGACCUCGCCACCCAACUCAAGUCCUCGUCUCACGCAUUCCAGGCGUCCCUUGAAGCCGAGAAAUCAGUCCUCGCCCGCGCCGCGGAGGGUCUAGAUCGCACGACAGGGAACCUCGCUUCUGCUGAGCGCAGGAUGGGUAUGCUGCGAAGGAUGACGGAGGGGAAAGGCUGGUGGGGGAGGAUGCUGCUGUAUGCGUGGAUCUUUGCGCUGUGGAUUGUAGCCAUAUUGAUUGUGUUUGUUGGGCCGAAGCUGAGGUUUUGA